CGGCAAAUUUCACCCGUUUUCUUUAUCCACCUAAUUUUCUUAUGUAUUUUUCUUCAAUUUUUAUUCUAUUUUUUUCAUGUUCAGCUUCACAGAUUUUUCUUCCAACUAAUGAUCAAAUAAGAAGAAGAAGAUAAUAAAUGAAUGAUCGACGAGAUCAAUUGCAAAGAAAAGAACAACAGAGAUUUUGAUUGAUUGAUUGAUUGAUAAGAGAGUUUUUCAGGAGCAGAGGGACAUGGCCACAGAGAGCAAGCAGACUGUGGCCAAGGUCAAGUCCAGCAUCCAUCAAGAUGGUUCUUCAAAGAUAAAGGUAGAUUCUUCUUUGAAGAAUAAGAAGAUUGAGAGCUCUAAUAAAAAGCCUGUAUCCACUGUCACUAAAACAGAGGUAAAAUCAAAAACAGCAUCCACUACAUCAAAGACCACAACAAAAACUACUACUAGAGUGAGAGAGAAGAAAGUCUACUCCUUGCCUGGCCAGAAAUAUGAUCCUCCUGAAGAGAGAGAACCCCUUAGGAUAUUUUACGAAUCAUUGUCAAAACAAAUACCAAGUAGUGAGAUGGCGGAAUUUUGGAUGAUGGAACAUGGUUUGCUAUCUCCUGAGCGAGCAAAAAAGGCAUAUGAGAAAAAACAGAGAAAGCAAAAGAUGCAACGAUUGGGAACUCCAAUUAAAUCUACUAAACCUGAAAGUUCUCAGAAGCAACAACAAGCAUCGAAGAACGGGGACUUAAAAUCCAAGAAGAGAAUCAUCAACGAUAACGAUGAUGAUGACUUUGUGUUAAGUCCUAAAAGAAGGAAAUUAUAAGAAGGAAAAAGCAACCUCACUAUAUGUAAUGGUACUGUUUCUAAAAAUCGCCUCAUUUAAAUUUCUUUACCAAUGUAAAGAAAUCUAAAUGAACAAGAAUCUGCUAGAAAGGCAUGAGUUCUGAGUUGCCCAGCAACCGAUAGAUUGAGACAUUCUUUAUAUUUUCUGACUUGUGGAAACAAUAAACAUAAGCAAAUUGUCUGAGCUCUUACUCAUUUCUUGUUCUUCCUGUCAUUGAAAAUGUACUUAUUUCUCUUUGAUACACAUGCUUAUCAAUUGAAAACAUUUUAUUUUUCUCAUA